GCUGUGAUGGUCGCAGCACCAUAAUUCACAGCUAAUGGCCUGGCCGGAGAGAGAACGAGAGAGGGAGAGAGAGACAGAAAGGGAGAGAGAGUGAGAGAGAGGGGCGGAGUAAGAGUCAGUCGGAGAGAUGCUGCAGGCGACUGGAGACAGAUGCCACAUUCUGAUGUCACAGACGAUCAGAAGGAGGGAGAAAGGCUUUUGCAGAGACACCAACCUGGACACGGUCAGGCCUCGGCGGGCCUGCAUCAUCUCGGCAUUCUCUCCGGUAUUGCCAAGUGUCUCCCCCGGCUGUCGUCACCGGACGGCGCGUGUUCUGACAGCAUGCUCGUACUGGGAUCGCUGCUCCUCACAGGCUUGGGCUGUUUACUGGCAGCUCCCGCAGGCAGAGAAGUCUACCGGAUGCCUCAGAGUGCACUCAAAGCUCUAUCCGAUCGCGGCACGGUGGUUCUCGAGGCAGCCAUGACCAGCGCCCUGUCCGCUCUGGACCGAGCGUCAUCCGAGAGGAGUCGGGUGGAGGCGGGCUGCAGGGGCUGCGCUCCCUGCUUGUUUCAGGACUGCGGGCAGCCCUCCGGAUCUUGCUCUUCACCCGCCAACGCCUUGACGGAACCCAGCUGCGACGUCAUCAGCAAGGCCCAGAAGCUCCAAGAUGAAGGCGAGCGGAGCUGGGCCCUGAGCCAGGCCUGCGCUUUCUACCAACACCGCUGUCAAGACGCCAACUCGGACAAAGAGAGCUGCAUCAGAAUCAUGGGCGAGAGCUGCAGCGCCCGCGUCCUUCAGUGCAGCUUGCUGAACACGAUGCAUAACCUGGAGCCCGCCACUCAGACGCGUGUGCAGGCCGUGUGCGGUCAAAGGUCAUCCUCGGCGCGCAACGUCACCCAGCCUCGUUCCAGGAUCGUGGGGGGCUCCCCUGCGCCGCCGGGCAGCUGGCCCUGGUUAGUCAAUCUGCAGCUUGAUGGUGGCCUGAUGUGUGGAGGGGUCCUGGUGGAAAGCUCCUGGGUGGUCACUGCCGCGCACUGUUUUGCCGGGAGCCGCGGUGAAAGCUACUGGACGGCCGUGGUGGGCGAGUUUGACAUCACCAAGACUGACCCCGAUGAGCAGGUUCUCAAAGUCAACCGCAUCAUUCCUCAUCCUAAGUUCAACCCAAAGACGUUUAACAACGACAUCGCCCUGGUGGAGUUGACGUCUCCCGUGAUUCUGUCGGACCGUGUCACCCCUGUGUGUCUGCCCUCUGGGAUGGAGCCCCCUACUGGCAGCCCUUGCCUGGUGGCAGGCUGGGGUUCCCUCUAUGAAGAUGGGCCGUCUGCUGACACAGUAAUGGAGGCCAAAGUUCCCCUGCUGCCUCAGAAUACGUGUAAGAAUGCUCUGGGCAAAGAGCUGGUCACCAACACCAUGCUGUGUGCCGGCUAUCUAUCGGGGGGGAUCGACUCCUGUCAGGGUGACUCUGGAGGGCCGCUGAUCUACCAGGACAGAAUUUCCGGUCGCUUCCAGCUACACGGGAUUACGUCCUGGGGAGAUGGAUGCGGGGAGAAGGGCAAGCCUGGGGUUUAUACCCGCGUGUCUGCUUUUUCUGACUGGAUCCAAGUGGAAAUGCAGAAGUCAUUCGGCAGCAGGGAACCAACAUGUCCGGAGCUUCUAAAAACGACAGAGAUGACAGAGGAGGAGCAAAGGUCAGAGUUCAUCACCCUGUGUCGCUUCUACACCCUCAGCUGCCCUCCGGGCCAGUCGGGGGGCGCUUGCAGCCGAAUGGCCGAGGACAAAUGUCUCACCCGCUUCAAGAAAUGUCAGCUGCGUUCCUUCCUGCAAACUCUGCUGGACCUGCUGCAGAGCGCUGAAGACUACAUCAGGGACAAAGUUGACCUGGCCUUCUUCACGCAGACGCUUCCUCAACUGGUGGAACACAUCUACAGCAGCGCUUUCCCUCACAGCAGAGACAAAAGGGACGUUGUGCCGAUCGAAGAGCAGCCAGGUAGCGCUGUGAGACCAACGGAGCAAGGUUCCCCUUCAGUUCCUCCAGUUCCUCCUUUGUUCAAGGCCUUGGGCCCCAGCGUAGAAGAUUGGGAGAAUUACCUGGUCACCAUCGCUGAGGACAUGGAGGCACGGCCCAACGACACUUCCGCAGAAAACUCCUUUGAAUCAUCCAGACGGGAAGAAAAACGUUUCCUUCAGGCAGGGGACGACUCGGUUCUUCGGCUUCAGAAAGAAUACCAAAAUAUGAUCUCGGCGUUACGCUCCAAACUGGACUCCAAAGCUGCUCCGCCCAUCCUUCGCAUGGAUCCGUCCGAUCUCCACCAACCUUCUUCCGAGCCUCUUUUUCUUCCAACAUCUUCCCCGAGGCUGCAAAUCGACCCCGGUCCUUCCUCUUCCCCCAAAUCGCAGAAGCCGUGGUCACUUUUAUCGGCCCUAAUGAGCGAAAUUGAGAAAUUAAAGACGGCAAGUGAAACUUUGACCAGUGACGAGAGCCAAAACGAAGCGUUUGUCGCAUCAACCGAGGGCACGUGGGACAAAGCGGUUGAUCUCGGGGAGUUAGCGGCUUUGGUAUCAACCGCACUUCUGCCAAUUCAUAUGGCCAAGACGACAUCUCAGCCUCACAGUCUGCACGCUAGCGUUCCUUUCAGUCUGCGCAGACGACAAAGGAGCCUUCUCCGCAAGAGACAGACACCCGGGCCCGGUGGGAAAGUUUGUCCCGGUGUUCGAGAGACUUCACAGCAAGUCAGUCAAGUCCGAGCCUCUUACCAUUGGGUGCUGAAUAUCCCAAACAAGAAUCUCCACAUGAGCUUCCAAGAGAUCUUAGUUGAUCUGAGCUCCAAGAACGAUCGAGGACUAUAUCAGGCGAGGGUCCGAGCCGUCGUAGGAGGCCGGCCUCUGACUUUCUACAGUCUCGUCGGCCUGGAAAAUGAAUCCUUCUACCGCAGUGUGCCGAGGAUCAUCUCCUUAGCGCUGGAGGCCCUGAAGACUUAACGUCGACGGAACCACAGGGAA